AUGACUUCGGGAACUCGAACGCCGACUUGGAAAGAGAGAGAGAACAACAAACGGCGAGAGCGGCGAAGACGCGCGAUUGCGGCGAAGAUCUUUGCGGGACUUCGGAUUCAUGGGAACUUCAAGCUCCCCAAACACUGCGAUAACAACGAAGUCCUCAAAGCUCUUUGCAACGAAGCUGGAUGGACAGUUGAAGAAGACGGAACCACUUACCGGAAGGGAUGCAAACCAAUGGAUCGAAUGGAACUCAUGAAUGGCUCUACAUCAGCGAGUCCAUGCUCAUCGUACCAACCAAGCCCUCGUGGUUCCUACAAUCCAAGCCCUUCGUCUUCUUCAUUCCCAAGUCCUACAAACCCAUUUGGUGACGCAAACUCACUAAUCCCUUGGCUCAAGAACCUCUCUUCAAACUCACCUUCCAAGCUUCCUUUCUUCCAUGGAAACUCCAUAAGCGCUCCAGUGACUCCACCAUUGGCUCGAAGCCCUACUCGUGAUCAAGUAACCAUCCCUGACUCCGGAUGGCUCUCUGGAAUGCAGACUCCACAGAGCGGACCGUCCUCUCCUACUUUCAGCUUAGUUUCAAGAAACCCGUUUUUCGACAAAGAGGCUUUUAAAAUGGGAGAUUAUAACUCGCCAAUGUGGACUCCUGGACAGAGUGGAAACUGCUCUCCGGCUAUUCCUGCUGGCGUUGAUCAGAACGCUGAUGUGCCAAUGGCUGAUGGAAUGGCGGCUGAGUUUGCGUUUGGCUGUAACGCGAUUGCUGCGUUUGGAAUGGUGAAGCCUUGGGAAGGAGAAAGGAUACAUGGAGAAUGCGUUUCAGAUGAUUUAGAACUUACACUUGGAAACUCAAGAACCAGAUGA